GCAGGCUUCUACAAUAGCCGCGCGCUCUACCCCGUCGUCCGCGGCAUGACUCUGGGCUGCUAGGACAAGCUCGACGUAACUGCUCCACAACAGAGCCAUCCCCACCCCCCCUCAGAGCACCCCCUUCCCCCCAUCACUCACAAGCGCCGCUAGCACACCAUGGGCUUCCACCCCUUCGAAGUCAAUGCCGUGCAUCUGGUGUACACAAUCCUAGGCGCGUUCACCGUCAUCUUCAGUCUCGUCUCGCUCUUGGUACGAGAGAAGCUCUACCUCGGUGAAGCCCCGAUCGCGACGGUCGUCGGCAUUAUCUUAGGGCCCUACGCCCUAAACCUCUUUGACCCAUACAAGUGGGGAGGCAACAAGCAGCAUGUGACGGACGAGAUCACCCUCGAGGUCACGCGCGUGGUUAUCGCCAUCGGCGUGUUCGCUGUCGGAGUCGAAUUGCCAAAGGCGUACAUGAAGAGGCAUUGGCGCUCCCUCUUCUUCCUUCUCGGCCCGUGCAUGGUGUACGGCUGGCUCGUGUCGGCAGGCUUCAUCAUGGCCAUGAUUCCCGGGCUCACGUACUUGUCGUCGCUGGUCAUCGCGGCAUGCGUCACACCCACCGACCCAAUUCUCGCACAGGCAGUCGUGGGUGGAAAGUUUGCAGACAAGCACGUCCCCACCCACAUUCGCCACCUCUUGUCCGCCGAGUCGGGCAGUAACGACGGCGCCGCGUUCCCCUUCCUGUACAUUGCCCUGUACCUCACCCUCGACAGGUCGGCCGGGCACGCCGUCGGCGAGUGGUUCUACGUCACAUGGCUCUACGAAGUCGCGCUUGGCAUUGUCCUUGGUGCCCUCCUCGGCUGGAGCGCCCGCAAGGCCAUGCAGUUUGGCGAAAGGAAGAAGUGGAUCGACCGUCAGUCGUUUGUCGCCCAGUAUGUCAGUCUAGCGAUUCUGUCGAUCGGCAUGUGCACGCUCCUUGGAAGUGAUGAUCUCCUUGCUGCAUUCGCCUGUGGCACGGCUUUCGCCUGGGAUGGUUACUUCAACAAAGCUACCGAAGACGCCGUGUUCUCCAACGUCAUCGACCUUCUGUUCAACUGUGCCGCCUUCAUCUACAUUGGCGCCCUUAUCCCCUUCAAGGACUUUGGGAACAAGGAUUUCCACCUCUCCGUUUGGCGCCUCAUUGUCCUGGCCAUCCUCAUUCUCCUCUUCCGCCGCAUGCCCAUCAUUCUGGCCCUGUACAAAUGGAUCCCAGACAUCAAGACAUUCCGAGAGGCCAUUUUCGUGGGCUGGUUCGGCCCCAUGGGAGUCGGUGCCAUCUUCAUUUCUACCCUCGCCCGUGUCAACAUUCCCGAGCCCGAGCAUGACGGUGACACCAGUCAGGUCGACCUACUGCAGGAAACGAUUGGACCGAUUGUGGCCAUGCUGGUUCUGGCAUCGGUGCUGACUCACGGUCUGUCGAUUCCCUUCCUCCUGUCUGGUCGACGCGUACGCAGCAUCACCUACACGUGGUCUCGUAACCCAUCGAUGGACACGAGAGGGGGCAACGAGCCGGCGUGGACGACGCACACCACCCGCAUGGAACCCGGUCAGCAGGUAGUCAUCAACCGCGACGACGAGGAGGGUGACGUCGGGCUUGCCCACAACCUGCGGAACCGCAACAUCCGUGUCGCCACCGAGGACGGCUUCAAGAGCGAGGGCAGUGGCGAAAGCACCAGCUCGAGGACUCGCGAGGGCAGUGACGGCAAGAAGCGCAGCAACGACGAGAGCGAGGAGAUCGAGUUGGAGCGCCGUGGAACGCCUCCCCUUGCCGCGUAUCGCCAGGGGGACGACCUCAUCGUUGAGCGCAAGAAAACGAACGAAGAUGUCGAUGUCAGUGUUGUCAAGGACGUCUACGAGUGCGAGGGGGCCUCUGCCGAUGAUGUCAAGCGUGCGGUCCUUGCUGCCGCUGCUCGUCGUGGCUCGCCUGCUCCCAGUCGUCAUUCGACCAACGCGUCGUCGCCGCGACCUGCCAGCCGCGGCUCGCGUCACUCGACAAACGAGGACUCUGGAGACGAGCACUCUACCAACGCUGGGUCCGACAACGAGGACGAUGGCGACGGUUAUGUGAGACGGCCCAAGCCGUACGCGGGGGCGCGAGCGCCAACUCCGCCUUCUCCCGAGGAGACACCGUCAAAGGUUCACUCGUACAUUCCUGCGAGCCGUUUGGCUGGCAAGCAGAAGCAGGAGAAGGAGGCAGGUUGGCGCCGUUUCCUGCGUGUGCCGACAACAUCGAGCCAAGCGUCGGGUGUGUCGGCUGCCGAGGAGGGGCGAUCGCGCACAGUUGACCGUGACGACGGCUUCCUGACACCGCGUGAGCGGGACAAUGGACGGUCGAUCACGAUCAACGAGCCGAUUGUGGAGCACGGCGACCACGAACACAACCACGACAGAGGGCUGAAGCUCACUCGCACCCUGUCGCGCGCGAUCAGCUUUGCGCCCGAGGCCGCCGACAGCUCUGAGACGGCGCCGGGUGUCAACUAUGGCGCGUCGAACCCGCGAUUCAAGCGAACGCCAGGGCUGGGCAUGUACCGGACGACGUCUGUACAGUCGACCGAGGAGAGUGGCUUCAAGGAGCCGACUAGGCGCUGAGGAGCGUUGUAGGGCGGCGAGUGUUUUGGCGUGGGAGCCGGCGCGGCGUAGGCGCAGGCGCAUUGUCAAUCUCUAGUUUGAUCAUUCUCGCUCUC